GUCUUUUCCUCCCCGCCAGCAACUGCUUGCACCGCAGGGUCGGGCGGACGUCGACUCACAACGUCCCCGAAUUGAUUUAUAUUCCUAACUGAGUACUUUUCGGCACAAUAUGGAGAGCUCAGAACCUAUCAGUGACGAUCCGCCUCUCCUGCUGCCGUCUCUUCGCCUCUUCAUCCCCCCACUCCGCCUUGUGUCUGCGGCCAUGUGGCACAUCGUGCAGAGCGGGAACCUUCACGAAUACGGAUUAGUGGAGGACUUCAUCAGCACCAUCACUGAUCUUGUGCCAGAACUGUUGAAUCCAGACCAGAAAGCUCAGCUGCUCCUGGGACUGAGAGCACGGGUUGUUCUUGAAUUGUGUCGCUCCGAGCAGAUCCCCGACACAGAAUCCAUCCAGAUCCACCUGGAUCAGAUAAAAUCCCUAAUAUCCACCUGGGCAGCACAGCCUUGUUUUUCAGAUGUUCAGUUUCCAGAGUCGAACUUUGUGGAUCAGGUCGGGUUGUUGUUGAAGGAUCCUGAAGAGAAGGAGAAGUUCUUCCAGGAUGUUUUCCCCACAGAUUUUGGACCUGACUAUGACAACGCCUUGCAGAUGUUGAUGUUGGAUUUCCUGUCCCGACUGGAGAAGCUUCUCCCAGUUCCCGACAUUCAGCAGACGGCGUCCAUGAUCGGUGGCAUCCCGACAGCGCUGGAGGAGUGCGCUCACUCGGUACCGGACCCCCAGCACCUGAAAACUGUCCUGCGCUACCAGACGAGACUCGGACACAUGGAUUUUACUGAUGAAACGCAGAACAUCCCAUCAUCGUUUGGGAACUGCAUCCUGUCCUCGCUGUCUCUUCCCCAGCUGGAGAAGAUCGUGAUCCAUCCUGACGAGCUUCAGAUCCAGUCGUCUUCAGACCAGAUCCAGGGCUGUAUGACCGUGCAGGUGGAGGGCGAAACUGUGACGCUGUUGGACUACAUUCAAAUAGAGCAGCCGGCUCUGGUGGAGUCCGACGAUCAUGAAGAUAUGGACGCCAGCGCCAAGGAAGCACCGCUCGACGACUCGGACGAUGCGUUAAAGCCCGCCGCUUUUCAGCCGCUGAAGCAAAGCAAGAGGCUGGAGCUGAAGAGAAAAGCUUUGAAGGCAAACAGCGAAUCAGAAGCGGCCAAGAGGCUGCGGAAAAAAUACUCCAACAACAAAACGUGUCCCGUGUGCAACAAGACGUUCCUGCGAGCCGCAGCCAUGAGGCGCCACCAGGAAAUCCACAAUGAAAACCGCGACCUGAAAUACAAGUGCAGCAGCUGCGAUAAGCGGUUCAGGGACCAGUACGACAUGAACCGCCACAUGAUGCGGGUUCACGAGAAGGGAGUGAUGAGCAGCAGCCCUAAAGACGAAGACCUGGGAGAUCCCUGCACCUCUGAGAUGUCUGAAAAUAAAAACUGCUCCUUGUGCGGGAAGUACUUCGCCAGGGAAGUCGACAUGGAGCGACACAUGAAGUCCCACUCAGAAGAUCGUCCGUAUAAGUGUUCGUUUUGCGACAAGAAGUUCAAGAAUCUGUACGUGUUGAAGAGGCAUGAGAGGGAGAUUUGUAAGAGCAGGGAGCAGAAAGUGAGGAAAGGCGCUCCAGAUGCGAACGCAGAGGCGCACUCGGAGGCAUCGGUGGAAGGGAAAAUCUGUCCAAUCUGCGGCCGAAUCCUCCCCUGCACCGCGGACAUCACAAAGCAUUUACGCUCCCACUCUGAGGAGCGACCGUACGUCUGCAUAACCUGCGAGAAGGGCUUCAAGUACAAAGACACUCUGAAGAAGCACCAGAUCAUCCAUGGGCACGAGGGCAUCCGAGAGGAGCAUUGCAAGACCGUGGAGCAGAUCCUGGCGGAAGCAGAUCCCCAGAACCAGGAGGAUCCUGACGGAUUAGAUAAAAAAGAAACAGAAUUUGACCCGCCUGCAGAAACUACGAUGGACAACCGGACUGUAGUGGGUUUGAACAGAAAGAAAGCCCCAAAGGCGUGUCCUGUGUGCAGCAGGGUGUUUGAUAGCAUCAAAACUCUGAACAGGCACAUCCAAUGCCACACAGAGGACCGACCGUUUCACUGCAUCCAUUGCAAGAAGAGGUUCAAACACAUGCACGGCCUGAAGAGACACCAGAUCUACGCCAUCUGCCACAAGAAGACUUCCCGUUUGUCGUGGAGGAAGGAGCAGAGAGCCGGACCCAGCCACAGCGAGGCGAGCGGUACCGACUCCGCACAAGGCCAAACGGCCAAGAUCCCCGUCUGGUGUUCCAACUGUGGCAAACACUUCGAGUAUCCAUCCGCCCUGAAGGAGCACCAGGAGAACGUCUGCAAGGUGGAGAUCCGGGAAGUGAUGAAGUGCGACGACUGCAAUAAGGAGUUCAAGAGCGUCACAAUGCUCAAAGUCCACCAGCGGAUCCACGACCCGCUCUACUGCAAGGAGUGCGGCAAGAUCCUCGGGAAUGAGGCCGCCUAUGAACGGCACAAGCUCAUGCACCGGCCGAUGAAAUGCACAAUGUGCGAGAAGAGCUUCACCCUUCUGAGACGACUGAGGGAACACUAUGAGAAGCAGCACGGCUUCGCUGGGCCCUUCCCGUGUCCGCAGUGCGACAAAUCCUUCGUCCAGCUGUCCUACCUCGCCAUCCACCAGAGGAUACACAAAGGAGAGUUCCCCUACGCCUGCAACAUGUGCCCCGAGAAGUUCCGCUCGUCCAACUGCCUGACGGUCCACCAGAGGAAGCACACCGGGGAGAAACCCUUCCUGUGCUGGCAGUGUGGGAAGUGCUACCGCUCAGCCUCGGAGCUGACGGUCCACAUGGGGACGCACUCCGAGGAGAAACCCUGGAGCUGCUCGCAGUGCGACAUGGCCUACCGCACCAAGCUGCAGCUCAGCAACCACGUGGAGCAGGUCCACAUUGGCGUGCGCUAUCCCUGCAAGACCUGCGGCAAGCAGUUUAUGAAGGAGACGUCCCUGAAGAGGCACGAGCUCAUCCACACCGGGGAGAGACCGCACCAGUGCACCGUCUGCGGGAAGACCUUCCUGACCGCCAACGAGCUCCGGCUUCACAACCGCUACCACACCGGAGAGCGGCCGUACAAGUGCGACGUGUGCAGCAAGGCUUUCAUCCAGUCGGGCUACUUGAAGUCUCACAUGCGCAUCCACACGGGGGAGAAACCGUUUAAAUGCGACCUCUGCGAUAAAACCUUCCGUCUGUCCUACCACAUGAAGAAACACCGGCGGACUCACGCCGGGAAAACGCGAAGCUUCGUCUGUGAGGACUGUGGAUUGGUCUUCCUGCAGAAGAAGCUGCUGUGGGAACAUUCGCUCACUCACGACGUGAAGCUGGAACAAACGUUUGCAGCAGAAGUCGGACUAGAAUUUAACCCAUGAACUCUGAAUUUCUUCAUUGGGUUUUGUUUACGAGUCAGUGUUUUUCUUUUCCUUUAUGCAUCACAGAGUUGACUUGUAAAACAAGGAAUGAAUAUUCAGACUUCCUCAGGGAAAGGCUGCAGAAAAAUGUUGCUUUUCUGAACUUUGAAACAUUAAAAACUUGAACAGUCGUUGCUGUCUUACUUUUUAUUAUCCUUUAUCUUUUUUAUUUUUAAGUAAAAAUGAUUCAUUUCAACAGUAAUUUCAAUAUUACUCAAUUUGUCAACAGAGAAAAGAUUAUUUGUUGCAGAAUACAUCUACUUUGUGUACAUUUUAUCAAAACGUAUGCUGGAAUAGAUUUGAUGUGUGCAGAAAUUGAUCUAAUCUGGAUCUUUUUUUACCUGGAGAACUGGAGAAUCCUCCUCAUCUGACCGAAUUGAGGGUGGGUAUAUUGUUUCAAGAUUUCUGUCAAACAAAACUAAGUCUUUGUUUCAUUUGUUCCCACCACCUUUGUCUUCGUCUCUGUGUUUCUUAGUCUUUACAGAACGGCUGCAGUCAGAGUUCUCACACUUUUCAACAAAUUUCAGUGUCUUACUGGAGUUUUUGCAACAUUCCUUCACAUUUAACUGUUUAAAUAAUAAUGAGGUCCUGUCAUCUGCAGGUUGCUUCUAGUUUUAGGAGCGUGGAUGGUCAAGAAGCAU